AUGGGAUACUUGAAGCUCGGUGGCCCAGAUUCCGUCAACAAAUGCGAAUCCAUCGAGGUUCGUCAGGAAUGGCGAGACCUGACCGUCGAACAACGACUUGACUACAUUCGCGCUGUGAAGUGUCUCCAAAGUACUCCCUCGAAUAAUCCCACUCCACGCGAAGCUGUCAAAACUCGAUAUGAUCAGUUCCAGGCGGCACACUUCGACCUUGCGAUGGUAGUGCAUAGAGUCGGCCAGUUUCUGCCAUGGCACCGUCAUUUCGUGACCUUGUACUCUAAAGCCUUGAAGGAAGAGUGCGGCUACAAAGGCCCACCAACGUAUUGGGACUGGACGCGAGAUGCGGACGCACCUGGGCUACUGGCGGAUGCACCGGUCUUUGACGAUGUUAUUGGCUUUGGAGGCAACGGCGUCCCGGGUACUUCAGAGCCACCACCACCUUCACCCGGGUCAAGCCUCCCAGCACUCCCCGGAUUCCCCGCAGGCCCAAAGGCACCAGAAGGCUGCGUCCAAACCGGGCCCUUCAAAGACCACCUCGUCAACUUUGGGCCUGGUGCAACAAUCUCGGCUCCUCGGUGCCUCAUCCGAGGAAUCUACGAAGACGUUAGGGAUAAUAUGAACAGAACAAGUAUCGCGGUUCUACUCUCCCAAACUAACUUUGAGGAUUUUCGAAACUUUGUCGAGAUUCAAGGUCCCCCACUCCCACUUGGCGCUGGGGUACAUUGGGCCGGACAUGCUGUCGUCGGUGGGAUGAUGAUGGACGGGUACGCUGCUCCAGGCGAUCCUCUAUUCUACCUCCACCACGGGAAUCUCGAUCGCAUCUGGUGGAAGUGGCAAAUGGCUGACCCCAAGAACCGUCUCUACGCAAUCUCUGGACCAGCCGACUGGCCAGCCACCGGAAGGAACGUGACACUGGACUUGGAGUUGCCGUAUGCUACGGUUGGGGAGCCCAUCGCCGUCAGGGAGGUAAUGGACACCCAAGCGUAUCCUGGAUGUUUCACAUAUCCCGAGUAG